GUCCGUUCAUUAGUGCUGCUCCAUUUUUCUUACUCCUUAGUUUUUUUUUUUUUGGCUCGACCUCCCUGGCUCCUUCUAGCUGUUGGGUGCGAAUCUCGUUUCAUUCCUACCUCUUUUUCAGCGAGUUUUCUACGACAGACUUCACGUCUUCAUUCACUCUCCCUCUCCCUCUCUCCGUGCUUGCAUUUAUACGCCUGGUGUCUCUGCAAUUCUCUCUCGAACAGCUGAAGCUACAUUUUAUCUACGCCGUCAAAUUUGGGCUGGGGUUCUCAAAAUUGUUAGAUUUACACCCAACUGCACGGAGUUGAAUUAGGUUUAACAGGAGAAGCUACACACACAGCCUUCAUAUCUGUGACCUGACGUAUUCAAUUUUCAUAUUAAGUCUUACCAGCAAGGCCACAAGGACCUGGUUGUUCUUGUUGGUUUUUCUUACUAGUUGGAGAGCUUGAUAUUUUUCUGUCAAAUUACCUCACGAAAUGGCAGACCCUUUGUUAGAUAUGGAUGCCAUUGACUGGACCUCUGAAGAUGAGCAAGAAAUUGAGGGCAUACCUGUAGUGCAGGCAGCUACUGCCAACAAUGAGGCAAGCUCAUCAUCAGUUAAUCCAUGCUCCAAGUUGAUUCAGAAUUUUGUUGGGAUGGGAUUUUCUAGAGAAUUAGUUGAAAAGGCCAUAGAGCAAAAUGGAGAAGACUCGGAAUCUAUAUUGGAAACUCUUCUGACGUUCUCGGUUCUUGAGACUUCUCCUUGUGAACAACCAUAUGACAGAUGUCCUCAAGAACAGCCUUGUGUUAAUGACGAUAAUAGCUCUUCAGGCUAUGAUGAGGGUAUAUUGGGUGACUUAAGUGAUAAUAGUUGGUCUGAUGAUGAUGUGGAAGCCAUUGUUUCCUUGCCUAACAGAGAGAGAACACUGUUAUCCCUCACAAAGAUGGGAUAUCCUGAAGAAGAGGCUUCCAUGGCUAUGGAGAGAUGUGGGCCAGGAGCCACAAUUGCGGAAUUGACAGAUUUCAUAUGUGCUGCUGAAAUGGCAAGAUCAGAAGCUACAUAUUGGCAAGAAGAUGAUAUCAAACCAAAAAUCAAGAGUUUAUCAGGUGAGAACAGUAAACAUAAGAGGAAACUUUACGCAUAUGAGAUGUAUAAGAAGAAAAAACAGAGGGGUAUGUUCGAUGAAGAGGUUGAGACAAUUCGGCUGCCAAAACCAAUGGUGGGAUUUGGUGUGCCCACAGAGAUAUGCCCAGUGUUUCAAGGGAGAACUCUUCCAGAGCAGGCAGUUGGCCCUCCCUACUUCUACUAUGAGAAUGUUGCACUAGCUCCCAAAGGUGUCUGGGACACUAUCUCUAGAUUUCUCUAUGAAGUGGAACCUGAGUUUGUAGACUCGAAGUACUUUUGUGCUGCUGCAAGGAAAAGGGGGUAUAUUCAUAACCUACCCGUUGAGAAUCGGUUCCCUCUCCUUCCCAUUCCACCACGCACCAUACAUGAAGCCUUGCCGUUAACCAAGAAGUGGUGGCCCUCAUGGGAUCAGCGCACCAAGCUCAAUUGCUUACAAACUGCUAUCGGCAGUGCUCGGCUGUCCGAUCGAAUUCGCAAGGCUGUCGAAGCCUAUGAUGGGGAGCCGCCUUCGAAGGUGCAAAAGUAUGUGCUUGAUGAGUGUAGGAAAUGGAAUCUAGUGUGGGUGGGAAGAAACAAGGUAGCCCCUCUUGAGCCAGAUGAGAUUGAAUACCUUCUUGGCUUCCCAAAGAACCACACGAGAGGUGGUGGGAUAAGCAGGACUGACAGAUACAAAUCUCUUGGAAACUCAUUCCAAGUCGAUACUGUGGCGUACCAUUUGUCAGUAUUGAAGGACUUGUAUCCGGACGGGAUGAAUGUGCUGUCGCUGUUCUCUGGGAUUGGAGGUGGCGAAGUGGCCCUGCACAAGCUUGGGAUUCGGCUGAAGACCGUGGUCUCCGUUGAGAAGUCUGAAGUCAACAGGAAUAUCGUGAGGUCCUGGUGGGAGCAGACUAAUCAAACCGGGAACCUGAUUGACUUCGACGAUGUGCAGCUGCUGAAUGCAGACCGGCUCGAGAAGCUGAUUCAUUCCGUGGGCGGGUUUGAUCUGGUGAUUGGGGGAAGCCCCUGCAACAACUUGGCGGGGAGCAAUAGGGUUAGCCGGGAUGGGCUUGAGGGUAAAGAGAGCUCACUGUUCUUUGAGUACAUCCGGAUUUUAGAUGCAGUUAAGAAUAUUAUGUCCGGAUACCAGUAGUAGUUUGCCCUUGCGCAAACUUAAAAUGGGUUUAUUAACUUAUAUGUAUUCUUCUUUUUCUGACUUCUAUACAUUAUUGUAUUGUGAAUUAAUAAUGGGUUUAUAAACUUAUAUUCUUUUUUCUUAUAAAAUCACAUCAUUGGAAUGCUUGAUAUGUAUAAAACUAUAAAAGCUACUGUUGAAAUGUAUGUGCUUCAGAAAGGCCCU